UGCUUCUCUAUUCUCAUGAAACCAUUCUCUGGCUUCUACAUCAUAAUCAUCAUUCUCCUCGCUCUUAUCUCCGUCUUCUGCCUCCAAUCCAACUUCGACGGGCAAUGGAAGUCCCCCAUCCACACCUCGGACCUCCUCCCGUCGUUUGUUGGUGUCUUCUCAUCUCCGGAGACUAAACUGCGGUGGAAAGCCGCGUGUUUUUACAACAAUACUGCAUGGAUGGAGUUUCACAAUAAGAGCAAGUCAACCUACGGCGGCGGCACUCUCCAUAUAAAGGUCACGAAUGCUCAUAGCUGGACUUGUAUGGAUCCUUAUGUUUUUGCAACUCCAUACCGUGUGACAUGGGAUUAUUACUUAUUGUCUCGAGAGCAUACCCUUGAGUUUGAUGAGUGGGAGACUGAAGAAGAGUAUGAAUAUGUGAAACAUCAUGGGGUGCCAAUCUUCCUUAUGCAAUCAGGGAUGUUAGGAACUCUCAGUGCUUUGUGGGAUGUUUUCUCUUUGUUUACAAAUAUUGGAUGGAGAGAGAACUCAAAUAUUGCUUUUCUCAGGAAGCAUAUGGAUGCAAAAUUCGAGGAAUGGCCAAAACCAUGGUUAUCAAACAUCAAUGUUGAUGAAAAGGUUGGUUCCAUAUAUUAGCACUAGAAAUUAACAUUUUUCUUGGUUCAUAUUGCAAUGAAUUUGCCAAUCCUAAAUGGUUGGGAUGUGGUUAAUGAUGAUAAUAAUGAUAAUGAUAAUGCAGUGGAUUCUCUAUUGUAAUGUAUGUUCCUAAUUGUUUUUGUUAUGUUGAUUGUCUUUUAAUGGCACGCAACGUACCGACAACAAUAUUUCAGUUGUUAAAUAGUUCAAUCUAUUUUAGAUUGAACACUAUCUUGCCAACUUUUACAAAGAGUUGUAUAUUUGAAUGGCUAUAUGCCAUUUUAGUGGAAGAUUUGGAGUUGACAGUAA